AUGAGCGUCCACGUCCGGCGACGUCCGGCGGAGGUCGGGGCCUGGGAGCGAGCUGAACUUUGCCACUGCGCCGCGGCUACACCUGACGUGACGCGCAAAGUGCACGCCACAUGUUCCACUCCGGUUCUCGGAAGGUUUGCUCACAGGACACACCACUUGCUGCGCAACCCACGACAUUUCCUCGAGUCAUUCGGAUAUUUGUCGGCGUCACUGCUCAUUGCCCGCGACCCACUGACCCUGGAAGGCGAAUCCCUUAAACUAAUACAUCAUUUGGUUCUCGAGCGUCGCGAUCAGGAGCAAGGAGCGCCCGGUUGCAUGUCGCACCGUACUGUGACUAGUGCUUCGUGUCUUCGUAAGUCGUCGUUUAGCGAAAGAUGUGUGAACUUGUCCCCGAUACGGUGUCAUCGAUUUUCGUAUAUAGGGCACGUUACGUCCGACGACGUCAUGUACGAAGGUCUGCGUGACCCCGGCCCCCGUCGUAGGAAAGUGUGUAGGCGCGCGGGGGUGGGUAAGGGGGGAAGAGUUUAG